CUCGGGUCCGGCGGGCGUAACGCAGAAGUGAGGGGCGGCGCUGGGCCUGGGGUCCCGCGAGCCUGGCUAUCCCCGCGGAACACCCCGUGAGGCCCAGGCUUCGCAACAGGCUGCUUGAAGAAAAAUGGCUCUGUCAGCCCAGCAGAUACCCAGAUGGUUAAACUCAAUUAAAUUGAGAAGCUUCAUUAAUGCCACACAACUCACAGAACAUUUUCCAAGACCAGGGAGAGCAUUGUUUCAUGGUUUUUCUGCCCGGGCUCAGAUAUCCUCUGACAAUUGCUUUCUCCAGUGGGGAUUUCAGACUUACAGAACUUCCUCCACAUGGAAUAGUUCCCAGUCUGCCGACUUAAGUAGGCAAGAGAGUAGUUCUUCCCAAAGCACAUUGCUGUCCUCUGAGAGUGAGCAAUCAGAGAAGAUGCCCAGCUCUGAUGCCAAGCUGCCUCUGCAAGAACUGGAUGAUUUGCCUCCAUUGUCUCCACUGCAGCUAGUUUCUGAGGAGGAGGCUAUUCAGAUUACUGCAGCCCCACCAGUGCCCCCAGCUUCACACACACUUCGAGACUACGUGGAUCAUUCCGAGACUCUGCAGAAGUUAGUGCUUCUUGGAGUGGAUUUGUCCAAGAUAGAAAAGCAUUCAGAUGCAGCCAACCUUCUUCUAAGACUGGAUUUUGAAAAAGACAUUAAACAAAUACUCCUGUUUCUGAAGGAUUUGGGUUUGGAAGAUAACCAACUUGGAACAUUCCUGACAAAAAAUUAUGCCAUUUUUUCUGAAGACCUUGAAAAUCUAAAGAUCAGGGUGGCUUAUCUACAGUCAAAAAAUUUCAGUAAGGCAGAUAUUACACAGAUGGUCAGAAAUGCACCAUUUUUGCUGAAUUUUUCAGUGGAAAGACUGGAUAACAGACUGGGAUUUUUUCAGAAAGAACUUGAACUUAGUGUGAAGAAGACUAGAGAUCUGGUUGUUCGCCUCCCGAGGCUGCUAACUGGAAGUUUAGAGCCUGUGAAAGAAAAUAUGAAGGUUUAUCGUCUUGAACUUGGUUUCAAAUGUAACGAAAUUCAACAUAUGAUCACUAAAAUCCCGAAGAUACUAACUGCAAAUAAAAGGAAACUUACUGAGACUUUCGAUUAUGUGCACAAUGUGAUGAGCGUCCCCCACCACAUCAUUGUCAAGUUCCCACAGGUAUUUAAUUCAAGGUUAUUUAAAGUUAAAGAAAGACAUAUGUUUCUUACCUAUUUAGGAAGAGCACAGUAUGAUCCAGCAAAACCCAACUACAUUUCUUUGGACAAAUUAGUAUCUGUUCCUGAUGAAGUAUUUUGUAAAGAGAUUGCCAGAGCUUCAGUAAAGGACUUUCAACAAUUCUUAAAAACUCUUUAGUUUUUGAUGAAUGCUAAGAUAUAAUAUUAUCAAGUGAAUGUAUAUGUAAAUAAAUGUAUUCAAAAAUG